AUGUCUACUUUGACUGGCGCCGUUGUUGAUCCAACAAACAUCGAGCGCUCCACAUAUGGCUUGGCCGAAGCGUCCUUGUUGCGCCCUAGAGGCAAAGGCGAUGUCAUCGAGAUCUACCUUCGGAAGGGUCUCAAGGGCCAGUACUACCAUUACACAGCGGCGAACACUGACGACCGUGUUUGCCGCACCGUUCUACGCCUGGUUGGUGAACACUUUCUCUCAGUUCGACAAAAGCGCCCCGACGGGCAUGGCCACGUUAGGUGCCAUUACUUCGCGGAGCCGGAUUGCGGGAACAGUUUUGGUGAACUGACAAAAGUGGACCUUUGGGAACAGCCAGAUCUCGAAAAGGAGCCUCGUACUGUAGGCAAUGAUGUGGUUGGAAAUUGGAAAGAUACAAUUGGCAGUGUGCAAUGCUUCUGGAUCCGCGAGCGAGAUAUUGGCAAACAAGGGACCGGAAAAGCUGGCACCUUCCUCGAGCCGAUAAAUGCACAAGAAGGUGUUCCCGAGACAUCCAACGAACCAGCACUUUCCAACCGAACCCCUAUUGAGAAGGAACUGGAGAUUCGUGGUCCAUCCACUCAUGACAAUGAUCGCUUGACCGAAGUCUACAACGAUGCACAAUACCGUGGAAGCCCCAUUGCUUGGGCUACUCAGCGGGAUGCUGAGCGAGAGUAUUGUAUUCCGGUGAAAUAUCCCGACGACAAUUGCAACAGCCACUUCAAUCCGAAAGGAGAAUUCCAGGCGUUCUACCUGCAGCGCGACGAGAGCAUAUACAACUUCUGGAAGCCGGUCAAGAGCAUGAAAUGCAAUUACGCCGACCCAGGCGGCCGGCGCGGUAACUAG